GAGCCCCGCGCUCCAUGGAGACGUUUGACCCCGCCGAGCUGCCGGAGCUUCUUAAACUUUAUUACCGGAGACUCUUUCCCUACGCCCAAUACUAUCGCUGGCUCAACUAUGGUGGAGGUGAUGGAAGCCGGGAGCGGAUGACAAAGAAUUACUUUCAACACCGUGAAUUUUCAUUCACAUUGAAAGAUGAUAUUUACAUUCGCUACCAAUCCUUCAACAACCAGAGUGAUCUGGAAAAGGAGAUGCAGAAAAUGAAUCCAUACAAGAUUGAUAUAGGCGCAGUAUACUCCCACAGAGACCGAGCACUGAAGGAGGACUUUGGAUUUAAGCAUCGUCUCUGGGUAUAUUCUGGAAGGAGAGGUGUUCAUUGUUGGGUCUGUGAUGAAUCAGUUAGAAAAUUGUCCUCUGCAGUACGUUCUGGGAUAGUUGAGUAUUUGAGUCUUGUAAAGGGUGGUCAAGACGUUAAAAAGAAAGUCCACCUAAGCGAAAAAAUUCACCCUUUUGUCAGAAAAUCUAUAAACAUAAUAAAAAAAUACUUUGAAGACUAUGCCUUAGUUGAUCAAGAUAUUCUUGAAAAUAAAGAAAGCUGGGAUAAGAUCUUAGCCCUUGUUCCUGAAACAAUUCAUGAGAAACUUCAACAAAACUUCCAAAAGCAUCACAAUUCACUUCAGCGUUGGGAGUAUUUGAAGAAAACCAUCAGCUCUCAGGAUAAUACCAAAAACGACAAAUGUGGACCCUGGCUUGAAUGGGAGAUCAUGCUCCAGUACUGUUUUCCACGGCUGGAUAUCAAUGUUAGCAAAGGAAUCAAUCAUUUACUGAAGAGCCCUUUUAGUGUUCAUCCUAAAACAGGUCGCAUUUCUGUGCCUAUUGAUGUACAGAAAGUGGACCAGUUUGAUCCAUUUACUGUUCCAACCAUAAGCUCCAUCUGCCGUGAACUGGAUACCAUUUCCACUAAUGAGGGAAAGGAGAGAAAUGAAGCUGAAUCUGAUAUCAAACAUAGAACCAGAGAUUAUAAGAAGACCAGUCUAGCUCCUUACAUAAAAGUUUUUGAACAGUUUCUUGAAAACCUGGAUAAAUCCCGAAAAGGAGAACUUCUCAAGAAGAGUGAUUUACAGAAAGACUUCUGA